AUGCCGCGCACGACAUCGUCUCCGGACGAGAAGCGUGCGUUGCUCGCCAGCCGGGCCGAGGCCCAGAUGGCCUCGACCAACACUACGGCAAACGCCUUUCUCGGUACCCGGCAACCGUCAUGGCUAACGGCGAACGCAAAGCAACGGACUGCACCCACUGCUGGUCCACCAUUAACCACCGACAUGGCACGAGCAGUACCAGCCGUUGCGCCCGCUCCAGGAGCGCCAGCAGCAGCGCCGGCAGCGCCACCACAAGCGCCGGCAGAGACGCGUGCGCCCCCGUUGCCGACAUUAAAUCCUGCCGACCCAAAACCCGUGUCUACGUCAACAAAUCUGUCACAAUCCGACUGCAGUCUCCUCUCCCCCGCGCCGACAGACGAAGCCAGCCCAGCUGCCGCAAGUCCUGACGCAAUCGUCCCACCAGCUGAGACCACGGCGGAGGAAGUCACUCAUAUACACGACUUCCCAUCAUUGCGUAGGGCCUUAUCGGAAGAGCGGCAACGACGACGGGCCGAGAAGCAGAUGUCUACUGCACCGGAUACGAAUGCAGCGGACGACACCCCGAGCGAACCAAGGCAACCACGGAUAUCUACAAACGGCGCAGCUCCCUGCCAGGCGCAGUCGGAUGCAAAUUCACAGGAGGCAGCGCAGCAUUCCAGACGGCAAUCGCUCGACGUGGUGGCCGGCGCACCCCCUGUGGAUGACCGUCCACAGCGUGUGUUACCGCCCAACGCACCAUUGGCAACAACGAUGGCAUCCUCCGUUUCGACAGGACAAGUAAACCUUGUGCCUGAGGAGCCGAGCAAUACUGACCCACUGCCACCGACGGUACCACCGGAACCAGCAACGGCCACAGAAAUUGCUGCAGCAAUAGCCGCAGCAACAGCCAAGGCAGCAGGCGGGACGAACUCGGGAUCAACUCAAGCUACGCUCGAGGAGCAACAAAACGUAUACUUUCCGCGAACCUUGGUUCGCACAACGACAGGCAAUGCCGAAUUCAGCUAUGUGGCUCUUGCGCAACUGGUGAGCAAUCAAAUUACGCAACUCAAACGCGAGGGUUCUCCCUUCACACUCUCUGAAGCACAGAGGUUGUCGAAUCUGAACUGUGCUCUCCGCAUUGAAGACGGUUUUUUUGUCGCAGCAAACCAGCUUCUCUGUCUGUGGUUGGUCGAUACUGCCGAGUUGCAUUUCCAGCUGGCCCCCCUUCCGUCGCACUUAAUCGACCACAGUUUCGGUAUCUUGCAGCAGAUACUCGAGACCAAUGGACAGAUCCGACCUACUCUCCUGGCCUGGUUUUCUCAGUUUCCAGGCAACAUUGACGACAUGAUUCGCCAUACAAGUAACUACACCCAAGUCAUUGUACAGGUGCGCGCCUUUUUGGAGAGGCUGGCGCUGUAUUGGGGUCCUCUUUCGAACAGUGUUGCGAUGCGCGGCUAUCCUCUCUUGGUGGACGAGCUUCUGUCACGGCUCCUUUGUCUGUCCCCGACUCUCCAAAAUCUGUUGUCUACAGCUUCCCGCAAAUAUCUCCAGCCGGCCAGAGAUCUUGGUGACACUGCUUUUGAUGAGAUCUUUAUGAAAGACCUGACACAGCACCAGCCGGCGCUCAGCACCUUCAUCGCACUUCCGGAGCCCCGUUUUGCUGAGGACCUAGAGUGGGUCAACGCGGGUACGAUUGCAUGCUAUCGUGAGGCUCUUCGCAGCAGCCCGGCAGAGGGGGCUAGGCGCCCGUCAGUCCCUCACUCGGCUGCACCAAAUACAAAGUUAGCUCAACAACCUCCGCGACAAGUGGCUCAAAUUCAGCAAAUUCGUGUUCCUCAGACCCAAGAGUUUCAAUCGAUUCAGCAGCCCCAGUAUGCACAGCAGACCUUCCAGCGGCCUCUUCAGCAAAGAGUGGUGGAUCAGAAUACUUCGCAGGCUGCGGCAAUCUCACCAGUCCUAGCCGAAUCCUGCCUUCCAGUUGGGGCUGCGUAUAUGGCUCAUGUGCGUCGAGCAAACGCAUCCGUGUCGUUGGAUGGCAAUGCUGCACAGCCAAUGCUAGCAGAUCGUGGCCGAACUGCUAGCUUACAGCAUCCGCAGCAACAACUACAGCAACAGCAACAGCCCCAUCUAAAUAUCCAGCCACAACGGUUUAUCCGUCCGCAUCCUCAACAGACCCCGCAGCCAAUGUCUCCGGUGCAGACGCCCCAGCAGCCUAUGCCAUACAGGCAAGGCCAAACAAUGCGCGCAACAGGCAAGACGCCAAUGCUCCCUACUCUUCGACUCGCACAGCAGGGUCCGACGUCACCACAGCUCCUCCAGGGGCAGUCGCCGCAGAUGGCUCAAUCCCCGCACGUCUCGUCGAGGGUACAAGCGCAAGUUCGUAUACACAACAGCUACAACACGCACAACAGCGACAACAAGGACAACAAGGACAACACGCACAACACGCACAACACGCACAACACGCACAACACGCACAACACGCACAACACGCACAACACGCACAACACGCACAACACGCACAACACGCACAACACGCACAACACGCACAACACGCACAACACGCACAACACGCACAACACGCACAACACGCACAACACGCACAACACGCACAACACGCACAACACGCACAACACGCACAACACGCACAACAAGGACAACAGUUGCAGUGGCGGCAAUUGCAAGCUCCACCUCGGCAAGUUCCAUCCCAGCAAUAUGCGCUCCAACAAGGCCCAACUCAGCAGGAGGCUACAACUGGACGAACUUCAUAGGCAGCAGCAGUUACAGCUGGAAAGGGAACAGCAUGCGCAACAGGCACCGCAUAUGGAGACGCCAACAGAUUCGCAGCAAGUACGCCAAAGGCAGCAAGUUAUGCAAACACGGCAACGGACAAUAUUGCCAGCACAGCCAAUGCAGCCAGGACAACAACAGCUGCGCCAAGUUCAGCAGACACAACAAGCACAACCAGCACAACCAGCACAACAAAUUUCAACCAUGCAUCAAAUGCAACAAAUGCAGCAAAUGCAACAAGUGCAACAAAUGCAACCAAUGCAACAGGUGCAGCAGUUGCAACGACACCAGCGGGAACAACCAGUUUCUCCGGCAGCGUUAUUGUCUCCUACGCAGCCGCAGAUACAACAUUGGCCACAAACAACACAGGGCAGCGUAGGACUCGCAGGCCAACCUGGACAGGUGCCGCGAAACUAUACCACCAUGCAGCAGUCACGUCUCCCAACCACACUCCGCUCGCCCGUACCUUCGCCCGUGCAAUCACCGGGCCUUGCCCAACAAGCAGCUCGCUUUCCGCCGGUACAACCUCCAGCCAACGCUAUGUACUACGCCGAGAAUACAGCUUCUGUUUCUAGAAACAGUCUUAUCCAACCCAAUAUUCCACCUAUCACACUGCAACCUGCUGGCGCGGUGCCGUCGGCUCCUGCACUGGGCCAACAAGUAGCUUCUGACAUACCAGCGCAGGCACAGCCUCAUCAACCGCAACAGCAGCAGCAGGAGGAACAACAGCAACAGACGCAGCAGCCGCAACAACAGCCUAGCUUGGUAGGCGGACGUCAGCAACAUCAAGAUGCGCCUACUUCUCUAGAGGGACACAGGUCCAUCUUUCCGCCAGCCGGCUCAACGAUUGCACGAAGCGAGUACCCUCUUGACCCGAAUGAUUUCCGAGCUUUUCAACAGGCUUUGACACAAUUGGAUCGCAGGAGCCCAACGCGAGUGAUGAUCAAUCGGACGUCGCAAAAGUUGCUCCCACCCAAGCCUGGUAGCCCAAGAUUCUACCAAUACGUGCAACGCCUUGCACUUGGUCCUUGCUCGACGCCAAUGCGGAAGAUUAUGUACACCUUCGAGUUCACGAUUACGGAAGAAGACUUCGCCCAAAUUUGUUUCAGGUCCACACCUCAGGGCGCCUUGCUACCGAUUGAGAGCCAUUUCGACGGGAGCUUGAGCUACCGUGUACGUUGCUGCACUGCCCGAGACGGUGUCCAAGCAAUGACGGAAAGCGAGUGGGUGACGAGCAAUACGCAAUGGCCGGUGAACAUCUUUAUGAAGAUCAACGGCACAGCCGUAUUUGCUCGUCGCCAGUCACACAACGGCAAGGAUCUCCCCGUUAACAUCACGCAGUUGAUCCUGCUUGGUGUUAACAAGGUCGAGGUGGCUAUUCCUGAACAGUCGUCGAAGUCGUCAACGUCACCAAAUUACUUCUUUGGCGUCGAGACCGUCGAGACGGCGCAUUGCAACCGCUCGGUCGACUAUAUCAUGAAAAAUGGAGUUCAGCAUGCCAGUGUUACAGUCGACAAAAUCAAGUCUCGUCUUCGGUCGACGUCGGAUGACGACGGGUUCACCAUCCUGCAAAACAGCGUCUCCGUGGACCUAGCCGACCCUUACAGCGCCCGCCUUUUCAAGAUACCUGUUCGAGGCGCCCAGUGUCAGCACAUUGAGUGCUUCGACCUGCACAACUGGCUUAAUACGCGGCCUGUGUGUACAUCGUACCUGAUGAACCCAUUUUGUCAGCACGCCUAUGACUGCCCAUGCCCGAAGCCCCAGGAGCCGACAAUGCCGGACAAAUGGCGGUGCCCCAUUUGUUCAAACGAUGCCCGUCCUACCAGUCUGCGAAUUGACCGCUUUCUCGUCGAUGUCCGUGCUAAGCUCAAGGAACUCGGAACACUCGACAAAGUCAAGUCGAUCCGUGUCAUGGGUGAUGGAACGUGGACGCCAAUUGGCGGCAACGAGGAGGAUGACGAUGACGGGGGCGACAGCGACGACGAAAAGGUCGGCUUAGCUAGCGGCAGCAACCCCAUCAGCGGAACGACUGUCACCAGCACGACGAACAACAGCACGACUACCAACAACACGGUUAACAGCAGCACGGCUACCAGUAGCACGGCUACGACCAGUGCUGCAAAGAGGAAACCGAAUACGCAGCAGCAAAAAGGGCAACCGCCGCGGAAGGUUGCACGAACCGAUGCAGAAUCGAAUGCGGCAGCACCCGCGAAACGGGCCGUGCCGACGUCGCGUCCAAUUGAAAUCAUUGAAAUCGACGAUUGA